AUGACAAAUAGAUUCCAUCACCCUUAUACACCAUAUGAUAUUCAAGUAGAAUUGAUGGAAUCAUUAUACGAUAAAACUUUAAAUUCAAAUAAAAAAAUUGCAUUAGUUGAAUCACCAACUGGUACAGGUAAAACUUUAUCAUUAAUUUGUGCCGUUGUUACUUGGUUAAGAGAUAAUAAAUCAAAAUUAAUUAAAGAUGAACAAUCAAAUAAAUCAAUUACUACUACUAAUAAUAAUAGCAAUAAUACUGAUAGUAAUAGUAGUAGUGAUGAUGAAUCAGAAUCAGAAUCAGAACCUGAAUGGGUUGUUGAAGCAUUCAAUGAUUCACGAACUAAUGAUACUAUAACCGCUGUUAAAGAUUUUGAAAAAUAUUUAGAUUCUUUACCCGAACCGAUAUCAAAUAUGAAAAUUUUAGAAUUGAAGGCAGCGCGUAACGGCCCAAAGAGGAAAGUCGCCGCGAGUGGGGUUACUAAUGAAAUUAACGAUAAUGAUCUUUUACCUGAAGAACAAGAAAUUAUUGAAACAAAGAAACAAUCAUUAAAUCAAGAAGUUAAACAAUUAUUAAAUAAAUUAGAUCAACAACAAAGAAAACAAAUAGGACAAUCUGAUCAAAUAAACGAAUUUGAUAAAAAUCAUAUUAUUGGAGGAAGUCCAAUUGCAAAUCCAGUUAAAAUAUAUUUCGCAUCAAGAACACAUUCACAAUUAUCACAAUUUGCUCAUCAAUUACAAUUACCUGAAUUUCCAUCAUCAUUUAAAGCUAAUAAUCUGCUUUUAGAAAGAAUUAAAUUUCUACCAUUAGGCUCAAAGAAACAAUUAUGUAUUGAACCAUCAGUAAAGCGUUGGAAGACAGCUGAAGCAAUUAAUGAUGCUUGUUACGAUUUACGUCAUUCAAAAAACGGCUGUCCAUUUUAUUCAAAUACUCCACAAUGGCAUGCUUCUGAAGAUACAAUAACUUUUAGAGAUAAUUUAUAUAAAGAGAUUCAUGAUAUUGAAGAUUUAGUACCUUUAGGUGAAUCUUUAAAAGUUUGUCCAUAUUAUGCAUCUAGAGAUUCAAUCCCCGGAGCAGAAAUUAUUUCUUUACCAUAUCAAUAUUUAUUAUCUAAUGACGCUAGAGAAUCAUUAGGAAUUGAUCUUGAUAAUUCUAUUGUUAUUGUUGAUGAAGCACAUAAUUUAAUUGAUACUAUCAAUAAUAUUUAUAGUGCUUCGAUGACAUAUGAAGAUUUAAUGAAGGUAUUAAAAGGUUUAAACAAUUAUUUAAUUAAAUUUGAAAAAAAAUUAGGUCCACGUAAUAGAGUUAAUUUAUUAAAAUUAUUAAAAUUAUUAGAGACAAUUAAAAAUUUUAUUGAUUCAAAUUUUAAGAAACCUGGUCAAAGGUUUCAAAGUUAUGAAAUUUUAAAUAAUUCUAAUUCAGAUUUAUUCAAUAUACAUAAGUUAAUUGAUUAUGUGAAUAAAUCAAAAGUCGCAUAUAAAAUUGAUACUUACAUGACAAGAACAACAAUAGAUAAAAAUGAACAAAAGAAUAAUACUACUACUCCAUCUUCCACAAAUGUAUCAAAACAACCUGCAUUAUUUAAAAUUAUGAAAUUUUUAACUACAUUAACACACCCUAGUAAAGAGGGACAAUUUUUUUUCGAAAAGGAUAAAGAAAUUAAAUAUAUGUUGUUAGAACCAAGUAAAAUGUUAGAACCUAUUGUUAAAAAAGCUAGAUGUUUAAUUUUAGCUGGUGGUACAAUGGAACCAUUAGCUGACUUUUAUAAUGAAUUGUUCCCACAAAUUGAUCAUAGUGAUAUUUUAACAUUUUCAUGUAAUCAUGUUAUUCCAGAUAAAAAUUUACAAACAUUUAUAAUAGAUGAUCCAAAUUUUGAAUUUACAUUUGCUAAAAGAAAUUCGGCACAAUUAAUCAACAAUAAUUUAUUCAAUUUUUACAAUGAUUUAUCUCAUACUGUUCCUAUUACAGGUGGGAUUGUUGGAUUUUUCCCAAGUUAUCAAUAUUUACAAUUUGUUAUAGACCAUUGGACUAAAUCUGGUAAACUGAAAAUAUUGAAACAACAUAGAAAAUUAUUUUAUGAAAGGAAAGAUGGAGAAGAUAUUUUAAGUGAUUAUAUUAAUACGGUCUCUAAAGGUGAAGGUGCCAUACUUUUCGCAAUUGUUGGUGGGAGACUAUCAGAAGGGAUUAAUUUUCAAGAUAAUUUAUGUAGGGCAGUAGUAAUGACAGGUCUACCUUUCCCAAAUGUAUUUAGUGGUGAAUUACAAAUAAAAAAAGAUCAUUUAGAAGAAAAAAUUAAAAAAAAUGGAGGUUCUCAAAAGGAUGCACAGGAUGCAACACGUGAAUUCUAUGAAACGAUUUGUAUGAAAGCAGUUAAUCAAAGUGUUGGGAGAGCCAUUAGACACGCUAAUGAUUAUGCUGCAAUAUAUUUAUUGGAUAAAAGAUACGCUACUGAAAAUAUCAAACAAAAACUAUCCCUUUGGGUUCGUAAGAGAAUUCAACAGGAACAUUCUGUCCCAAUGGUAAUGAAUAAAACAUCUUCAUUCUUUCAAUCCAUGAAUCAAUAA